UUUGGUGAUAUUUCACACUUCGCCUUCUGCUGAACUGAAAAGGACUAAAAAUCUGUUGGGUAGAAUGUCAGAGGAGGAUAUGCAGAGAAUAUGCCCGGCCUGCACGAUGGACUCCAACAGCACCGAGUUGGGCCUGUACUCACCAUCCAAUGCCCUGGGAGUGGGAAUCUACCCGGCAUCCACUCCUUGGCCACUGCUCCAGAACACAAGCCUCAUCAACCUCAGUGCUGCUGUUUUCAAACUCAAUGGGAGUAAUGUUGAGGUUGAAGGUCAAUCCUAUGAUCCUCUGGGUGGCCACUCGCUCUGGCAGGUCAUUCUCAUCGUUGUCUUUACAGGACUGCUUUCCCUUAUUACUAUUAUCGGCAACAUCUUGGUCAUGGUGUCGUUUAAGGUCAACCGCCAGCUCAAAACCGUUAACAAUUACUUUCUACUUAGUCUUGCUGUGGCAGAUCUCAUCAUUGGGGUCAUCUCUAUGAACCUGUACACCGCCUACAUUGUCAUGGGCCAGUGGGCGAUGGGAAACUGGGCUUGUGACCUCUGGCUAGCAAUAGACUACGUGGCCAGCAAUGCAUCCGUCAUGAAUCUGCUGGUCAUUAGCUUUGACCGGUAUUUCUCCAUCACAAGGCCUCUGACGUACCGUGCCAAACGUACCACCAGGCGGGCAGGAGUGAUGAUCGGCCUGGCAUGGUUUGUGUCGCUCAUACUUUGGGCUCCUGCAAUUUUGUUCUGGCAGUAUUUUGUAGGAGAAAGAACCGUUCCACAUAAAUGCUACAUUCAAUUUCUCUCCGAGCCCAUUAUUACAUUUUGCACCGCAAUGGCGGCUUUCUAUCUGCCGGUGACGAUAAUGAGCGUUCUGUACUGGCGGAUAUACAAAGAGACAGAGAACCGUUCUCGGGAACUUGCAGGAUUACAAGGCUCGGUUGGAAGGUUUGGAGGUGUUGAGCGACCUCGCUUCCACCUCCGCGCCACUGGGGGAAGCUCUAGAAGCUGCAGCAGCUUUGAACUGGGCCAACCUGGCCACAAACAAAGCUCCGUUCAUGGCCUGAGUGGGCGAUUCCAUUGCUGGGGGUGGAAGUCGGGUGGCAGGGAUAAAGGUGGACCUCACCGGGAGGCAGAUCAGAGCAGCAGCGAUAGCUGGAACAACAACGAUGCUGGACUGUCAGCCGACCACUCAGGCUCAUCUGACGAUGACGAGAGCGCGCCAUCCACUACGCGGGCCAUCUUCUCCAUCGUUCUUAGUCUGCCUGGCAUGAGGGCAGCCGUAAACUCCCAGGUCACUUCUUGUGAGGAUUUGGACACUGAGGAAGACCCAUUACGGUCCUCUGUGGAGAACGACAGCAGGGAUGGCAGCAUCUCACGCUCUGUCACGAAUGGGAACAAGAGGUUUGUCGGAAGCAUGAGUAAAGUUCAGUCAAUGUCUGCCAUACAGCCAUCAGCAGAUCCAAAUGUUGAAGGCACCAACACCACAGUGAAAUCUCCCUCAGCGCCCAUAACUUUCAAAGAGGCAGCUCUAGCAAAACGUUUUGCAGCUCGCGCAAGGACGCAGAUCACCAAGCGGAAGCGCAUGUCACUAAUAAAAGAAAAGAAAGCAGCACAAACUCUAAGCGCCAUCCUUUUUGCUUUUAUUAUUACUUGGACACCUUAUAACAUCAUGGUGCUAGUAAACACUUUCUGUAAUGGCUGCAUACCAGAGAACCUCUGGGCGCUAGGCUAUUGGCUAUGCUACGUUAACAGUACAGUAAAUCCUAUGUGCUACGCCCUUUGCAACAAGACUUUUCGUAGCACUUUCAAAAUGAUCCUGCUUUGUCGCUGGGAUCAGAAAAAGAGCAAGCCAAGCUUUCCACAAAGACAGGCUGUGAGGUUUCACAGGAGCAUACCGACAGACUCCACAUAGCAACCUGAUAGUGAAGCUAAUUUGCUAAUGCUUAAAGUUACAAGGGGUGAUUCCCCAAGUAUCUGUACUAUAUAAUGAAGCUUUAAUGUGUAAGUCUCAAUGUGGACGUGUAGUUCAGUUACUUAUGAUGCCGGGUCACUAGAUUGUAACAUUUUAAGACAUUGUGGUUUAGUGUACAAAGAGCUUCAGUGAUACUGAAGUACAACUGAGCAAGUGCAAUUGCCAUCAGUACUUCCUGUGGACUUUUAUAUGCCUUUUACUAAAUCAGCAGUGCCAACUUUCAGGAGUUCAGCAGUGACAUAUAAAAAGUAGAUUUGAAAGGAGACUGUAUAUUUUGAACCUCAGAGAGCCGAUCGGAUGUGACUCUCUCAUUUAAUUGUUUUAAUAUUUUGGGGUUGAAUAUUAAAUAUCUCAUUUUUGUCAGUGAACAAAAACAAAAAUACGAUUUUUAAAUAAGGUGAUGUAUAUCAAAGUAUUGAAGAUAUUUCUUUUUUCUAAGUGCUGAUUUCUGUGAAAGCGUGCCACACAGAGGUUCAGUAUCUUUGCUGUCUCGGUAAGUGUAAGUGUUCUUCUGCAACAUGUGAGCCACAGUUGAACGGUUUGUAGGUUUUACUCUCCUGUUGAAAAUUUUGUUUAUUCAUAAACAACAGCACUUCCGUAAGCUGCUCUUGUAUAAAGCGUGGUUGUUUACAUUCGUUUUGCUACAAGUAUUUUAAUAGCUAUUAUGUAGGUUUUCAGUGCACAUUGAGUAUGUUUGUAUAUGUUUGGAAUGCCUUAUGUUUGGCCUUUGAGAUUGUGCACUGAAUAUACUGGGCUAGCUGUGAAAUCAUUUAUGAAACCUAAAGAAUGUUCUUAGCUGUUUAAUGGACAUUCAGAUUUUAACAUCAGUGCAUUGGAACGUAAUUCCAUUUACAGCCAAACAGUUUGCUGUCACCACCACAUUUGGGAAUGCCUGGCUAAAACAUAACAAGACUAUUUAGUUUCCUAAAGUAGCUGCAGAUUUGCUUCAUAAAAGCACACAAAAUACUGACCUAUCAAUCAAACAUGCAUCUUUCUUCAACUAUGGGCUCCAUUGGUACUGUGGAGAAAAUAAAAUUGCUUAAAACGCACUUUUAACACACGGUUUAUUUAAUUUGCAUAUUAUCAAUGUACAACAGUGGUCAUGUUUUAAAAUGUCAUGUAUAUGUGUGAUUUCCAUCACAUCUCCUUACUCCCUUUUCAUGCUAAUUUCAUAACUUUCAUAGAUCCUAAAAAUACACAUAUAAAUAACGCUCUUCACAAAAAUUAAAGCUUGAUUGGAAAAUACGCAAAUUUUACAUUUGCCAUUCAGUUCGAACCCUAUAGUGUUUUGAAGAAAUAUAAAAUAAUUGCCUGAUUUGUAACCACCAUUUGUAUUAGAGUAAAGAAACUUUUUUGAUAUGUUUUUAUGUUUUACAUUGCAAACAAAGGCUGUAUGUUUUGUAAGGCCUUGUAAGAUCAAAGUUAAAAUUGAGCUUCUGUGCGGUGUGUUGUUUGUGGCUGUGCUCUCGUUUUGUUCCAAAUUGGCUGUGUACAAGUUAAAGUUAAAUGAUAGAGUUACUGUCAGAUUUGUGAUAACUGUUGAAUGUUACAAAAAUACAGCCCAGUACAAAUGCAUUUUUAUCCUCAGAUUGUUUCUCAAAAUAAAUGUAACAUUUUAAAAUGAACCGGUGCUCUUUCUAAAUAUACAACAUGUUUGUGGAAA